AUGGUUAAAUCUUUGAUUUGGGGGAUUGGAAUGGGAUCUAGUUGCUGCAAAAAAAUUGGUAUUUUGGAGUCAGAGGUGGAGGUGAAGGCUUUGGUGGUGGUAGAGGAGAACGCACUAGAGGUGGUUCAGGUAAAGGUGGAGGCUUUGGAGCCAGGGGUGGUGUUGGUGGUGGGGCUGGAGGUGGAGGUGGUAUUGGUGGUGGUAGUGGUGGAGCAGGAGGAGGAGGAGGAGGAGGUGGUGGAGUUGGCGGUUCUUUUUAGCCACAAUGGAGGCUGUGGUGAUGCUGGUGGGGGUGGAGGAGUUGAGGGUGGAUUAGGUGGAGGAUCUGGACAUGGGGGUGGCUUUGGUGGCGGUAGGGUUGAGGGUGUAAGAGGUGGAGCUGGUGGAGGGAUAGGUGGCACAAGAGUAGCUGGAGGUGGGGGUUCAGGUCAUUGUGACCGGUUUGGAGCUGGUGGAGGUGCAGGUAGUGGUGCUGGAGAAGCAGCAGCAGGUGGUAUCGGUUGA